AUGUCUCCUCGCAAUGUCAUUAUCUUCGGCGCAACUGGCGCAGUCGGCGCUAUGACUGCCCUUACAGCGCAUCAACAAGGUGCUAAAGUGUCUCUAGCAGUCCGAAACCUCGCGAAGCCCAUCCCGACGCUCGAGGGUAUUUCUGCUCAGAAGGUCCAAGCUGACCUCAGCAAGCCCGGCACCGUCAAGGCUGCUGUCCAGCAAACAGGGGCCACGGUCGCAUACUUGUAUGCAGUUUUCGAGACCCAGGACUACAUGCGAGGGGGAAUCGAGUCGGUGGUAUUUCUGAGCAGCUGCAGUGUUGAGGGUGACCCCCGCGACGUACCGGAGUCAAACUUCAUUGCCAACAUACACGCCAAGAUCGAGAUCACCUUGGAGGAAAUAUUCGGAAUCCAUUCAUUCGUUACCCUACGUCCAGGCUUUUUCACCAGUAACCUUCUGUGGUUCAAGACGGCCAUUCUGAAGGGGGACGUCCCCGUUCCCCUCCCGGAGGCGGUCUUCGAUUACAUCGCGCCAGAGGAUAUCGGUCGCGUUUCUGGCUCCAUUUUAGCCCAUGGCUCCGACCAGCAUAUCGUUCGCCUUUUUGGCGCUGCUUUGAGGCCUAUUCAAGAGGCCUUCCAGGUUGUUGGUCAGGCUCUAGGAAUCAAUGUCAAGACGACUAAGGUGGCGCUCGACCAAGCCGCUGAGAAGAUGCUUGCCAGUGGGAUCCCCGAGGAUAUUACCGGGAUUACCAUCCUGAAUGCUACCGAGCAUCCCUCCGGCGAGUUCCCCUACGGUGGGGUUUCGGAGGGAGUUCCUAAUAUUCGAAAGUUUACCCAACGGGAACCGGUGACAUUGGAGCAGUGGGUCGAGGCGAACAAGGACAAGUUCGCUGCGUAG